GUUUCAGAUUAUAGUUUAAAAGAUUUCGGCAUUUAAUUUAACUUUUCUUAAUCAUUAUAAAACAAAUCAAACCUGUAGUCCCUGUAUAUUCUGAGUUCAUUGAUAACGAAUACAUUAUAACACACAAGCUCAGCGGAAUCUAUCAAAAUGGGUCUGUUAUCAGACCCCGAGUACCGUUCCGUGAAAUGGGUGCGGGUGUUGAAAAGGAUCCACGGGCCUCUCUGUUUCGUGCUAUACGUGGGAGCCCUGGCCUGGUUCGUGCUGCUGGGCAACAAGGAGUUCAACAACGAGACGUAUUUUUCUGAGAACGCGCUGCUGCCGGGCCUUGUGACCACGGAGUUUAAUGGGGAACAUGCCGCUAAGCAGUUCUUUGAUGAGCUCACUAAAGAGAUUCGGUACAAGUUGGAGGAUGUGGAGCAGAUGCCGGUGGCGUGGCUGGUGGCCAAGAUGUCGCAGCUGCACCUCGAAGUGUAUACACACAACUUCACUCUCCACUACCCACUUGGCAAAGGGCAGGUAUACCACGGCACGAACGUGUACGGAAUCCUACGCGCGCCGCGCACAGCGUCUCUCGAAGCGUUAGUCCUCACAGCGCCGCACCGUGCUCCCGGCACGCACCAGAAAGACACAGCUGCCGGUAUCGCGCUUAUGCUCGCCUUCGCUCAGUUCGCUCGGUCACAAAAAUACUGGGCCAAGGACAUAAUAUUCCUAGUAACCGAGCACGAGCAACUAGGAAUGCAGGCGUGGCUAGAAGCCUACCACGGUAUCCAGCGCGACUCGGGGACCUUCUACACCAGUCUUGGCGGUUUCUGGUCGCCUGGUAUGCCGAGUCUGGACCUGGGGGCUUUGGGCAUGGGCUUUGAGCAUAAAAAGUGCUUGAAUCCUGGCAAGUUGAAGGGAAGGUCUGGGUCUAUUCAGGCGGCUAUUAAUUUGGAGAUUCAUACGCCUAAAAUCAAAUACAUCGAAGUGAAGGUCGAAGGUCUGAACGGGCAGCUGCCUAACCUGGACCUCGGCAAUCUGGUUCACAAGCUCUGCGUCAAGUCCGGCAUUCACCACUCUUAUAAGAACAGCUACUCGUGGAUACGCAAUCGCAAUACGGUAGACGAGUGGACCAACGGUGUCUACACCCUGCUGGGACAAGUGGUCACGCAAAUUGCGGGGGUACCGAAUGGCAAUCACGGCCUAUUCCACCGUUUCGGCAUCGAGGCAGUCACAUUAGAAGGCCGGGACGCCUCCGACCCAGCCGGCACGCCGCCUAAAGUCAAUGCUCUAACCUCUGCUAACUUCUAUCGCCUUGGUGUGGCGCUGGAGAGCAUAUUACGAUCGCUCAAUAAUUUGUUGGAGAGGUUCCAUCAGAGCUACUUCUUUUAUAUGAUGGCGGCUACCAACAGAUUCGUUUCUAUCGGUCAAUACAUGCCUUCCCUCUGUCUCCUAUGCGUGGCCAUGCUCAUCCGUGCCCUAUCCCUCUGGGUGACCACACAACAAGACAACGAAGAGGAAAAACCCCCCAAACCGAAACGAAAGACAUCAGGCGCCGACCUACCAGCAGACAACCCUGAGGUACCAGGAGAUAAUAAAACCGAGGUGAUACAAUCUGAAGAAAGCACACUUAGACACAGGAAAGUCGCAGAAUCUGAGUGCAAAGAAUCAAAGGAGCUUAAAGAAAAGUUCAAAACGGAGUUAGGCAAAGAAAAAAGCAAGAAGAGCGGAGGAAAGAGACGGAAAGAAAAGGAGGAGUCUAGCAUGAGCAUUGUCAAUAUUGGAGCGAACUAUUUACUCGUGCAUUUGCUGGGUUAUGCUGUUAUGAAUUCGCCUAUACUUUUAAGUCAGAUUGGUGCGGCACACGGUUACUCAUCAGAAUUAUCCGUAUACUACGGUCUCAUCGCUAUAUCUGUCCUCCUCACCCUAAUCUCCCCCUACCUCCCCCGUCUCCUCCGCACGGGCCGCAUCACCUACGAGGAGUUGUCUCUAGUCAAUAUUCUAUUACUAGUGGAGUUGGCGACAGUAUGUCUGUCUGUGGGCAUGCAUAACUACCCGCUAGGGUUGGCCAUGGCUGUCUUCUAUACUCCUGUGGCCCUGGUGAUUGGGGUGGUUACUAAAGGCGGCGGAAAGAAGGGCGCCAUCUCGUUGUUCCUGAAGCGAAUCUUCUGCCUGCUUCUGCACCCGCUGUCCGCCGUGACGAUUUCCAUGAUUUUGUACAGCAGUACGCUGUUCCCAGAGGAGUCGUGGCUGAGCACAGCGGGCCGCGGUCGCGACGCCGCCAUACAAGCCAUCAUGUUCUCCGUCGCUGAUUCCCUGAUAUAUGGAAACUGGCUGUUUAACGUAGCGUCGGCGACCAUCUUGCCCGUCUGGAUCAUAUUCUGGCAGAUCGUGUGCAACAAAGUUGAUGCACCGGCGUAAAUAACAUUCUUACCCACUUAUUCAUAAACGUUUACUAAAGUUGACAAGUCGAUAAUAAUCGUUUGUCCCUUUCCGACGUAGUGGUAUGAUGGAAAGGGACAAACGAUUAUUAUCGGCUUGUCAACUUUAGCAAACGUUUAUGAAUAAGGGGGUUAGUACCUACAGUAAGGACGGUAAGCAUGGAGAAUUUGGUACAUUGAGUGCGCUCUGUGAGUAAUAUAACCUCUAGCCGCCCAGAGACCUAUAACAAGGUCUCCUAUUCCAUUCUAAUUUGAACUUUGUGUUGACAAAAUAAAAUUUAAUUUUGCUUGGCAAGGUUUGACGUAUGGGCGGCUAGAGGAUAAGUAAAGAAAGAGUGCCAUCAGUUUUCUUAGCAAAACGCUCGUUAUUUCCUAGUCGACAUCUAGCAUCGAGUAGCGGAAUAUAUUAGUACUGGGUCAUUCCAUAAUAAACGCUACCAAGGGUUCAAAAAUGAAAACUGGUUUAAGAAGUCAAAACUAACUUAUUUCCAUAGAAAACAUACCAAAGUUUCAUGUCAGUAAAAACCCGAAAAACAAAUGUUUUUAGGGUUCCGUACCCAAAGGGUAAAACGGGACCCUAUUACUAAGACUUCGCUGUCCGUCCGUCCGUCCGUCCGUCCGUCCGUCCGUCUGUCACCAGGCUGUAUCUCACGAACCGUGAUAGCUAGACAGUUGAAAUUUUCACAGUAGAUGUAUUUCUGUUGCCGCUACAACAACAAAUACUAAAAACAGAAUAAAAUAAAGAUUUAAAUGGGGCUCCCAUACAACAAACGUGAUUUUUGAUCAAAGUUAAGCAAUGCGACGUCGGGAGUGGUCAGUACUUGGAUGGGUGACCGUUUUUUUUUUUCAUUAUUGUACGGAACCCUUCGUGCGCGAGUCCGACUCGCACUUGCCCGGUUUUCUUGGAUUGCUCUCCAACCUGGCCGAUCUUCUGCCUUCCGCAUAGAGCCCUGGAACUUGACGCGAUAUUAGUACUGCUAGUCGACAAUAGAUGUCGCGGCGAACAAAAACUCUAAUGCUCAACAAUUUUCAGCUAAUAUUAUGACCGGAUUACGCGAAACUCUAUUUUCAACUCCUUCUGCUUCUAAUAUUAAUUGUAAACUGUUAUAGCAGUGCAUUUUUCGUUAGUAGCGACACUUUGUGACAUCUGGUGUCAAGUAGCGGUACUGAUAGUUCCACUACUUGACGUUAGAUGUCGACUACGAAAUAACGCGCGUAAGUAAACUGAUGUAUGGAGUUAUCACUCUCUCUUUACUUAUAUUACUCUAUGGUGUCACUGACCGUCGGUACCAUGGGCGGGACAGCAAUAUAAUUCCGCGGUUGUGAUUGAGGUAGAAACAGGCAGGUCAAUGUACGAAAGUCUUUGUGCUUAGCGUCUUUACUUUACAAUAUACUGAGUGCAUCGUAUCUGUGCACGAGUGUCAGACUUGGUUUAUUUGGAUCAUGACAGUAUUAUUAUACGUUAGUGCCUGUAUUUGUACUGUAUACACCCGAAUUCAUGAUCAAAAUAGUAAUUCCAAAGACUUUAAUAAAUAAGUUUUGUGAA